AUGGGUGUAAGCCUCGCUGCUCGGAAACACCCAGUGCUGACCACACUGAGAGACACGAAAGCGCAGGUAACGCCAGUUGGCGAAGUGGCGUUAAGCAUCCCUAGCGGCCAGCCGGGCCGUGAGCGCGGUGGGAACGGGCUUCCCAAGAAGCCAGCCCGGGCCGGGAAAGAACGCGAAGCGCUAGCGCUACAGGGUCGGUUUUUUUGGGGGGAUAGGCUUGUGAAGAAGCAAGCUUAUCCCCGCCCCGACCGGCAGCUGCUAGGUUUCCCCAUCUCUUCUAAACUUCCCCCGGUCUUCGGCCCGAGCUGUAUGAGGCAAAAACUCGUCCCACGUACGGUUCGGAGGCCGAGCCCCACCCCAGCAGUAAGGGUGCGGCUUAGGUCAACUAACACAAAAAAGAUACAGUUCACUCAACGAUUGCCUUUGGGUUCCGAACUCCAUAUGGGGAAGGAGCGUUGUUGUUUGCGAGGUCUUGAUCAUUUACAUGGACCCACUUUUCAUUCUAUUUGUGGGAAUUUUAUGAUCUAUAAACCGUCCCUAACGAGCGAUCGGCUCAUGUUUGAGCAUGAUGAAUCACUUCGUGCCGACCUGUUACCAAUCCACUUUCCGGCCUCAUAUGAGAAUGGAAAACUGGAGCAUUUUCUCCAUCGGUGGAUGAAGAAUCGCGAACAUAAUAAUUUCUGGUUGACCAUGUUCCCAGAAAAAAGAUACUUUCGAGAAAGGACGAGCACGACUGAAGUGGCUAUACAUACAAAUCUAUUUACGGAUCUAUAUGCUUCGAUUGGAACUGGAAGUUCCAGAACAGGUGGCUGGUAUACCACAAUAAUAAAACUUCCUUUUCUUUUUUUUAUUCGGAUCGGAUUUAUGUUGGCUUCGUUGGGAGGCUCGCGUAGUUUGUUACGUCAGCUCCAAAAGGAUAAGUUGCGUUGGAAUUGAUAAAGUUCCGUGGAGUUCAUAAUUGCAUAAAAGGAGUCAAAGUAGUGGCUGCGGCGCGUUGAGGCACUUCUUCGACGGUCCCCGUACGCCUGGCCUGCCGGCCCGCUCUGAAGAAUUCAUGAUUUAUAUAUGUUUCAGGCCGGUGAGAGGGAGUGCGGAAUAAGGAUUGAUUUCACUGUAUCCAUCGUAGCCCACCCCAUCUACCUAUUGUCGGAGGUCAAUUGUUGCUCCCUCUCUCGAGAUUGCAAUCCCUAUCGAGUCGGGAAGGAAUGAGUAAUGGGUCGGGGAAUCGGGCAUCGGCCCUCUUGGAUCCGGUAGGAGCAGGAGUAGGUAAGUUAGUAUCGAUCCGGUGAAGAAAAGAGAAUUUAGUUGAUAGAGACGUUAGAUCUGGAGGAAGCAUCUGGUCACAUAUCCCAAAACCUUCACGGGAAAGGAACGGACUCACUCGCCCUACUUCUAAAGAUAGAUAGAAAAGGUUAGGGAGUCCCAGCUGCUGAGGUGGCGUAGUGAGAGGUGAGAGCAAUAACAACAAAAGCAGCGGAAGAUCCUGCAGUAGUAUAUUCGGUUGUUUGCGGUGGAAUAGAUUCAAGCGU